CAGUGAAAAUACUUUUGUUUAGUGAUUACAAAACAUGAAAUAAAAUAAAUGUUUAUAAAUUAGAUAUAAUUAAUUAAUUUUAUUUAUAAAUACAAACUCUACAAAAAUGUCAAUUGUCAAAACUUGUCCGGGCUUAUAUUGUGGUCGAUCAGAACUAGAGGAUGGCUCAUGGAGCGAAUGCGGUGCCUGUCCCAGAGGUUUCCGUACUAACGCUACUAGCUACUGUGUAGAAUGUUCAGAUGAACCCACUCUUUACGAUUGGCAAUACCUCGGUUUUAUGGUUCUUCUACCUUUGGUUUUACACUGGUUUUUCAUUGAUAUGGUUGCUGUUGGAAAUCGUAAAUCUACAAUAAUUGCACAACAUGUUUGUGCUUUCAUUGAAGUCGCAUCAGGGACACUUGCCGCAUUAUUAGCCUUGCCACCGACAGGCUCUGUAGAUUUACAUGUUUGCUCACCUAAAGCUCUAUCUGAUUGGUACACAUUACUUCAUAACCCACAACCUGAUUACAAGGAAACUCUGCACUGUACACAGGAAGCUGUGUAUCCAUUAUACACAAUAAUAUUACUAAUAUAUGCAUUUAGUCUGUUAAUGACGGUUACAUUACGACCAUUUUUACUAGUCUGGCAUAAAGCAAUACCCGGCAAGAAGGCUAUAUAUUGUGCCUUGUAUUUUUAUCCCAUACUUGUAUUAACACACACUGUUGCAGCAGGACUAAUAUAUUGUGCUUUCCCAUACAUAAUAAUUAUUAUAUCUAUGAUGACAUCAGCAUCACAUUUCUCAAUCAAAAUGGAUCAGUCUGCACCAGAACUGUUAACAUCGUCUGUCACAAAUGGCAGGAAUUUAAUUAUACUUUUAGGACAUUGGCUAGUCCAUGCAUAUGGUAUCAUAUCUCUAACUGGUUUCAAGGAACUAUGGUACUUGACCCUCGUACCAGCUCCGGCGCUUUUUUAUAUCCUAACUGCACAGUUUACUGAUCCAAUGAAGAUUCACAACGAUUGACUAGCUAGAGUCUCCCGGGAGAAGUUGGUUUUGAUUUGACAUAGCGACGAUGCAAGACGGGAUGUUACGGAGGAUAUAGAAUUUGAAAAUUUAGAGAAGUAUAUAAAUGGAUACUGAACUCUAGGAUUUUGAAGAUUACCCGUUUUGCAAGAGACAUUUGAUUAUGCUGUGAAGUGAUUGUAAAUACAAAACAGUAAAAGCCUGUAAAUGUCCCACUGCUGGGCUAAAGGGGGUCUGUGGACACACAUAAGGCUUAUACAUUCAUUCAUUCAUUUUCAUUCACGACAUAGUUUUCUCACUAUGUUUUUCUUUAGCGAUGAGCACAAAAUGAUUUAUAUUUUGAAAUUAAAGAACAUGUUAAUUCAGAGGUGCUUAUUUGGGUUUGAACUAACAAACAUGGGAUUUUUCAAC